AUGCCAUAUCCCCUCCCUCUGAAGUCUUGGCAGAGUCAACUGCUGGAUGGAUACGAGAGGGCCAAGGAUUUCCCCACAGCCAAGACACCCCAGACCUCUCCACAGCUUCGCUGGCGGGGGUCAGUCCAGCUGAUCUGGGGUGCGUGUGUUGCUGCGGAGACAAAGCUUGAACUCGGUAUCUUAGAUGUGCAAUUCCGCCGCCGUGCUUGUCUUUAUCCGCCGUAA